GGAGAAAUAACGGAAAGCAGUGGAACUAGCCACAGCUUCCGCGCGACAGCAAGGACAUGCGGCCACCGAAAGUAACAUAAUCCCAACCGUUGUAAAGAAAUAGGCAACAGACGACAUAGCGGGAAAGAAGUCCCUUCUGCAAUAUUUAUGAGAAGCUAAAGGGCAAGCCUUUCAAGGAGCCAUGAUUCCCGUGACAGAGUUCCGCCAAUUCUCAGAGCAGCAGCCGGCUUUCCGUGUGCUGAAACCAUGGUGGGACGUGUUCACAGACUACCUCUCAGUGGUCAUGCUUAUGAUCGGAGUGUUUGGGUGCACCCUGCAGGUAAUGCAAGACAAAAUUAUCUGUCUUCCAAAAAUAAUGCCAGUUGGGAAUCAAACAGUCCCCUUGAUAAACCAAACAGAGGCCAUGGAGUCCACGGUGUCUCCUACAUCCGCUCUGCCAAUUGUCCGUGAAAUGAAGGGUUUAAAGACUGACCUGGACCUGCAGCAGUACAGCUUCAUAAACCAGAUGUGCUAUGAAAAAGCACUGCACUGGUACGCUAAAUAUUUUCCAUAUCUUGUCCUCAUACACACCCUCAUCUUCAUGGUGUGCAGCAAUUUCUGGUUCAAGUUCCCAGGGUCUAGCUCCAAAAUAGAACACUUUAUUUCUAUUUUAGGUAAGUGCUUUGAUUCGCCUUGGACUACCCGGGCACUGUCUGAGGUGUCAGGGGAAAACCCUGAGGAGAAGGACAAGAAGAAGAUCAGUGUCACCAGCAGGUCCAACCUUAAUGUACCCAUGACUGAAGGCAAUCUGGAGAAGACACAGUCCCUCAGGUCCAUCCCGGAAAAGAUUGUAGUCGAUAAGCCAGCUGCAAGUGUCUUGGACAAGAAGGAAGGAGAACAAGCUAAGGCCUUGUUUGAAAAGGUUAAAAAAUUCCGCCUUCAUGUUGAAGAAGGAGAUCUGCUCUACAUCAUGUAUGUGCGUCAGACUGUUCUCAAAGUUCUGAAGUUUCUCUUGAUCAUCGCUUAUAACAGUGCCCUGGUGUCAAAAGUUCAGAUAACGGUUAAAUGUGACAUGGAUAUUCAGGACAUGACUGGAUACAAAAACUUCUCUUGCAAUCACACAAUGGCUCACUUGUUCUCCAAGCUGUCUUAUUGUUAUUUAUGCUUUGUUGGUGUUUAUGGAUUUACGUCCCUUUACACUUUGUAUUGGUUGUUCUACCGCUCACUCAAAGAGUACUCCUUUGAGUAUGUUCGGCAGGAGACUGGUAUUGAUGACAUUCCUGAUGUAAAAAAUGACUUUGCCUUCAUGCUGCACAUGAUCGACCAGUAUGAUCCUCUAUACUCCAAGAGGUUUGCAGUGUUUCUAUCUGAAGUAAGCGAGAAUAAACUGAAGCAACUGAAUCUGAACCAUGAGUGGACCGCAGAGAAACUGCGACAGAGGUUGCAGGUCAAUUCCAACAACCGGCUGGAGCUGCAGCUCUUCAUGCUCUCUGGCCUUCCAGACACUAUCUUUGAAGUGACCGAGCUCCAGUCCCUGAAGCUAGAGAUCAUCAAUAAUGUUACAAUACCAGCCUCCAUUGCCCAGCUCGUGGAUCUCCAAGAGCUCUCCCUUUACCAGUGCUCCCUUAAGAUCCAUAGUGCAGCUACAUCCUUCCUGAAGGAGAACCUGAAGGUGCUGCGGGUGAAGUUCGACGACAGCAGGGAGCUGCCACAUUGGAUUUAUAGUCUGCGCAACCUGGAGGAGCUCCACCUCAUUGGUUCCUUGAGUCCAGAAACCUCCAAGAACAUUAUCCUGGAGUCCCUACGUGAGCUAAAGUCCCUCAAGACCCUUAGCCUGAAGAGCAACUUCACUAAAAUCUCCCAGUCCAUCGUGGAUGUGUCUAGCCACCUGCAACGGCUAUACAUCCACAAUGAUGGCACCAAGUUGGUUAUGCUGAACAACCUGAAAAAGAUGGUGAACCUGACCGAACUGGAGUUGAUGCACUGUGACCUGGAGCGCAUUCCUCAUGCUGUAUUCAGCCUCACCAACCUACAGGAGCUGGACUUGAAGGAAAACAACAUCAAGUCCAUUGAAGAGAUCCUCAGCUUCCAGCACUUGCGCAAGCUCACCUGUCUCAAGUUGUGGCACAAUGCCAUCACCUACAUUCCAGAGCACAUAAAGAAACUGGGCAGCUUGGAGCGGCUCUACUUCAGCCACAACAAGAUCGAGAUCCUCCCCUCUCACCUUUUCCUCUGCAACAAGUUACGCUACCUGGAUCUAUCCAACAACGACAUCCGCUUCAUCCCCCCUGAGAUCGGAGUCCUCCAGAGCCUCCAGUACUUCUCUGUCACUUGUAACAAUAUUGAGAACCUCCCAGAUGAGCUCUUCUUCUGUAAAAAGCUCAAAACUCUCAAACUGGGGAAGAACACUCUGUCACUGCUCUCACCAAAGAUUUCAUACUUGGUUUUAUUGACACACUUAGAACUCAAGGGCAACCACUUUGAGGCUCUACCGGCUGAGCUGGGCUCCUGUAGGGCCCUGAAGCGCAGUGGCCUUGUGGUGGAGGCUGCCCUCUUUGAGACACUGCCUUCAGAUGUUAGGGAACAAAUGACAGUUGAGUGAUCUGCCUCGACUUUCUGAAAAAUAUGAAUAUUCAAUAUUACAAUCUAAAUAUGACAAUCGUAUACAACUUCUACAUUGGAACAGUUAUUUCUACUUUAUUUUUAAACAUAAUGUUUGCACAGUACACAUAAUUGUGUUAUCUGCUGUGAAAAAGAUUGAUAAUUUUUACAAAAAUCCUGAAACAGGCAUAGCCCUAUAGUUAUAGUUAAACUCUAUUUAAAGGAAAAUGGUUGCGAAAAAAUAUUUCUGUUAGGCUUAGAUUAUUUUUUAACUCAAUCUUUAAGUUCUUGGUAAAUGUUUCAUGUUUGCAAUGUAUGUGAUGCAGUUUGUUUUCACUGCAGUUCUGUUCAUACAAAAGUUUUACUUGUUAUUCUGAAUCACCAUGUUCCAAGGUCUUUUUUACCUUCAUUUAAUCAAGAAGAAAGGGAUUAUGCUCAUCUAGUGGUCUCCCUGUUCUGAAGUUACUACUCAAACACAAUACUACUCCUAUUACUGCUAUUAUGCAAUCACACUCAGUAAGACAAUAAGAAUGUUAUGUAGGCCAUGAUGUACAAUAUGUACAAUAUAUAUAUAUUUAAAUGAUUGAAUUAUUAUAAUACAUUAUUCACAUUAUGUCUGGUGGCAUAUGGACAUUACCAUACAUUUGCACUGGAAAACUACUGAACAUUUAUGCAGCUGACCUAUAUGUAUAGUUGUCAACGGUUGAAUCUGAUUGCAUCACUCAGUUCUGUUUCCAGGCUUUUUAUGAAGUUUUUUUUACAUACAGUAUGUUUGUAUGGAAUAUCACACAACAUUACAUUACAUUACAUUACAGGCAUUUAGCGGACGCUCUUAUCCUGAGCGACGUACAAUUUAAGUGCAAAUCGAACCCAGGGACACAUGCAAUGAGGACCCUAGAGGAAAGUAUGGUUCCGAGUCCUUGCGUGACCACAUAGAUACAAUUUGAACCCUUGAAGAAUACAUCAACUUAUACCACGGUUAGCAGCUAGAAUACCCAGAGUACAACAAUUGCUAUAAGUGCUAUUAUAAUCUAUGGCCGACACUGCCAGAUUGCUCCUCUGACACUCACAGUACAAAUUUUACUCUAAGCCAUGUUCCAAUGUCCAUUGUGACAACGGAGGAAUGGAUUUGGCUCUACUUGGUUUAUGGGAGAGAAAGAGAAUAAUGGUCUACUAUGCCCCCAAUGUUAUUAGAGUAAGCUAUAUUUCUGAUAUGAUUUAUGUUCACGUUUAAAACAAUCAUGUUCAUGCAGCUAUUGAUUUUUAGUCUGAGAUUAAUUCAUAGCAGUAGUGUACGGAAAAAAAAAUGAAUACAUUGCAAUUUGAAAUACAAUCAUAUGAUUGCCAAAUGUACUGUGCACUCUGUACUAUAUCUAUUUUGUAUGUUUUUCAUAUACUGUUGAAGAUUAAAGGAAAAAAUGUCACCUUUAUUUUUAGAAACCUCAUGGAUUGUAAGGUAAAGUUAUUCUUAUAUAUGUGAAUUUGAUUUAGGUUUUAUAUACCAAAGUUGUAACUUAAUACCAAGUAAAUUAAUUAAAAUUAUAUUUUGACUCCA